AUGUUUUUACAGAAACAGCUUGUUCUUAUUCCUUUGUUGAUAUCAUCGGUAUUAGCUCUGUCAUCUAAUGAAUGUAUUCCCUCAGUUCCAACUCAGGUAGACUGCGUGAACCUUUGCUUAGAGCUAGCAAACCAAUAUUUUAAUACUCAGGUAGACAGAUGUGGACUGUUAGAAUUAUUAUCGACACCUACUUCGUAUUGCUUUUUGUGUGCAUCAAGCUACCCCUCAGUAGGAGAUAUUCAAUUUUAUUUGGGAAUCAUGCUUAAUUUAUUUACAGAAUGUUCAGAUCUUCCAAAUCCUGUUCUUUGUACAGGGUCAGAGUCUCCACCUCCAGAUACAUUACCCGAACCACCAAAUUAUUAUGAUUAUUUAAACACAUGUGAUGUCUUCAUUUCUUCUCCGGAUGCAUGUUAUAGUGACUGCUUCAGUGCAGCAGCUGGCAUAUACCAACAAGGAUGUGGGACAAUUUCUCAAAUAUCUAAUCCAUUAUCAUGCACAUUUGCAUCCUGCUUACUUUGUGAUAUGAAUAACGAUUAUCUUUACGGACUAGUUUUCCAGCUUCAAUACUUAGUAAAUUGUCCCGUGGAGGAGGACUCUUCUUCUUCUUCAGUUGAAUCUUCUUCUGCCGAAUCGUCAUCUAUUGAAUCAUCAUCUGUUGAAUCUUCAUCCAUUGAAUCAUCAACUAUUGAAUCAUCAACUAUUGAAUCAUCGACUGUGGAAUCAUCAUCAGAUGACUCUUCUUCUAUUGAAUCAUCUUCUGUGGAAUCAUCAUCUAUUGAAUCUUCAUCUGUUGAAUCUUCAUCCGUUGAAUCAUCAACUAUUGAAUCGUCAUCUGUUGAAUCUUCAUCUGUUGAAUCGUCAUCUAUUGAAUCGUCAUCUGUUGAAUCUUCUUCAUUUGAAUCGUCAACUUUGGAAUCAUCUUCUCUUGAAUCUUCAUCUCUUGAAUCUUCAUCUUUUGAAUCGUCAUCUAUUGAAUCGUCAUCUAUUGAAUCUUCAUCUGUUGACUCUUCUUCUACUGAAUCAUCUUCUGUGGAAUCAUCAUCUAUUGAAUCAUCAUCUGUUGAAUCUUCAUCCGUUGAAUCAUCAACUAUUGAAUCUUCAUCUGUUGAAUCUUCAUCUGUUGAAUCGUCAUCUAUUGAAUCUUCAUCUGUUGAAUCUUCAUCUUUUGAAUCGUCAUCUAUUGAAUCGUCAUCGGAUGAGUCUUCUUCUAUUGAAUCAUCUUCUGUUGAAUCGUCAUCUAUUGAAUCAUCUUCUGUUGAAUCUUCAUCUGUUGAAUCGUCUUCUAUUGAAUCAUCAUCUAUUGAAUCAUCAUCUAUUGAAUCUUCAUCUGUUGAAUCUUCAUCUGUUGAAUCGUCAUCUAUUGAAUCGUCAUCUGUUGAAUCUUCUUCAUUUGAAUCGUCAACUUUGGAAUCAUCUUCUCUUGAAUCUUCAUCUUUUGAAUCGUCAUCUAUUGAAUCAUCAUCUAUUGAAUCAUCAUCUAUUGAAUCAUCUUCUAUUGAAUCAUCUUCUAUUGAAUCAUCUUCUAUUGAAUCGUCAUCUAUUGAAUCGUCAUCUAUUGAAUCGUCAUCUGUUGAAUCUUCAUCUGUUGAAUCGUCAUCUAUUGAAUCGUCAUCUGUUGAAUCUUCUUCAUUUGAAUCGUCAACUUUGGAAUCAUCUUCUCUUGAAUCUUCAUCUGUUGAAUCUUCAUCUUCUGAAUCGUCAUCUAUUGAAUCUUCAUCUGUUGAAUCUUCAUCUUUUGAAUCGUCAUCUAUUGAAUCGUCAUCUAUUGAAUCUUCAUCUGUUGACUCUUCUUCUACUGAAUCAUCUUCUGUGGAAUCAUCAUCUAUUGAAUCAUCAUCUGUUGAAUCUUCAUCCGUUGAAUCAUCAACUAUUGAAUCUUCAUCUGUUGAAUCUUCAUCUGUUGAAUCUUCAUCGGUUGAAUCUUCAUCUGUUGAAUCUUCAUCUGUUGAAUCGUCAUCCGUUGAAUCUUCUUCAUUUCAAUCUUCAUCUGUGGAAUCCUCUUUUUUUGAAUCGUCAUCUAUUGAAUCUUCAUCUUUUGAAUCUUCAUCUUUUGAAUCUUCAUCUGUUGAAUCUUCAUCUUUUGAAUCUUCAUCUUUUGAAUCUUCAUCUUUUGAAUCUUCAUCUUUUGAAUCUUCAUCUUUUGAAUCUUCAUCUUUUGAAUCUUCAUCUUUUGAAUCUUCAUCUUUUGAAUCUUCAUCUUUUGAAUCUUCAUCUUUUGAAUCUUCAUCUCUUGAAUCUUCAUCUCUUGAAUCGUCAUCUGCUGAAUCGUCAUCUCUUGAAUCUUCAAUUGUGGAAUCUUCCUCUCUUGAAUCGUCAACUUUGGAAUCUUCACCUAUUGAAUCGUCAAUUUUUGAAUCGUUAUCGGUGGAAUUGUCAUCUCUUGACCCUUCUUAUAUUGAAUUUUCAUCUACUGAAUCGUCAUUUACUUCGUCGUCGUCUGGUGAAUCUCAUUCUCUUGAAUCUUCUUCAUUUAACCCAUUUUUCGCUGAAUCUUUAUCUUUAGAGUCUUCAGAGCUGCUUGUUAUGACGAGUUCAUCGUCAAUUGAAGAAUCCUCAUCACUGAUUGUUUCUUUUGUGGAAUCUUCGUUUACUGAAUCUUCAUUUUUAAAGCCUAUUUUAUCUGAAUCAUCUUUUGCUGAGUCUUUAUCUAUGUUAAAGUCAUCAUUUGCUGAGUCUUUAUCUAUGUUAAAGUCAUCAUUUGCUGAGUCCUCUACUGUUGAACCAUUAUCAAUAGAGUCUCCAUUUACAGAACCAUUAACUUCUAAAGAAUUAUUUUUUGAAUCUUCAUCUGCUGAGAAAUUAUAUACGGAAAAUAUCUCUUCUAUUAAACCAUCUUUUGCUGAAAUUUCUUUGUUUUCUGAAUCAUUAUCCACUCAACACUCAGUUCCCAUAACAUCAUAUUUUGAGUCAUCUGCUAUUGAAACUUCCUUUUUAAAUAUUCACUUAUCCAGCGAGGUGUCAUCGCAUAUACCACAACCUACAUUUCCUGAAUCAAACUCAGAAACUGGGUCAACUACAGCUACUACUACAGAAUCUAUUUGUCAUGGUUGCGUUACUAAAACUAUUACAACAACAACAUUUUCUACCAUCACUACCGCUUCAGGGACUGCAACUGUUACUGUCACUGAACCAUGUGAAACUACAUAUACUGUCAUUAUUUCUCCAAUUCCAACAGGAGGUUCAACUACAAUAACAAUUUCUAAAUCUGAAACUUUGAAAGUUACUGCUUCAUUACCGACCACAGUCACUGAGCAUUGUAGUGCUUGUAUCACCACCACCUUUACAUCUAGCGGAUUUACCACUAUCACAAAGAUAUCAGGAUUUUCUACCAUCACUGUUACUGAGCCAUGUGAAACCACUAUUACUGCAGUUAUAUCACCAUUGCCUUCAGGUGGGUCCACAACUAUCACUGAAUCAGAUUCCAAAUCAGUUUAUACCACUAUAUUAACUUCAUCUGGAUCAACAACAAUCACCACAAUUUCUAAAGGUAGAUCAGUGACAGUUACAGAGCCUUGUGAAACAACCUAUACCGCUGUUAUUUCUCCUCUAUUAUCAGGGGGUAUCACCACUAUCCCAGUUACUUUUCCUUUGUUUACUUUUGUUAUCAUAUCAACCGGAUUAACGACAAUUACUAGUGUUUCUGCGGGAACCACAGUUACUUUUACUAGCCCCUUUGAGACAAUUUACACUACCGUUAUGACAUCAUCUCUUCCCCCAGAAGGUGCAACUACAAUUCCAUUCUCUCAAGUUCCAAUUACGGUUAUCACCUCUUCUGGAUUAACAACAAUUACUAGUGUUUCUGCGGGUAACACAAUCACAUUGACUGAGCCAUUUGAAACAACUUAUACAGCUUUUAUUUCUUCACUAACAUCUGGUGGUAUAACAACGAUUCCAGUCAAUCUUUUUCUACCUAAUACGAUUAUUACUUCUAGUGGAUAUACAACAAUUACUACUGUUUCUGCAGGUAAUACAAUUACACUUACCGAACCUUCCGAAACAACUUACAAUGCAGUUAUAUAUUCACCUCAGUCUGGUGGACUUAUUACAGUCCCCGUUUCUGUGAACCUACCAGUUUUCACGGCCACUAGUUAUACCACAGUUAUCAGUGUUUCUGAGGGAAUUACUUUCACCGUUACUCAACCAUUGGAAACUAUUUACACUUCUGAAAUUUCAGCGACUUCGACUGUUGUGGCUUCUAUUGUUUCUCCAACACCAACUACUACGACGACUGUUGCAUUGUGUGACAAGUGUUCCACAUUUUUGGUCACUACAGAAUCUACUUCUACUUUCAUCUUGACUCAUGGAUCUGCAACUUCCACCAUUUUUGAAACUACUAAACAAGUUAACACUGUAGUUGUUUCGCCAACUGUGUCAACUGUAAGUACGGUUACCAAAUCAUUGACAUUUGGUGAAUCUUGUAAUGAAUGUCAUACUGUUGUUAAAACAUCUAUAGUCAUUAGUGACUCCAUUAUUUCCUUAGAAGAUACCAUCAUCACAACUUCUUAUUUCACUUCUGUCUCCAUAGUUACCUUUGUUGAGUCUCCUGUUGUUUCCAUAGGUUCCGUUUAUAUUACUGUGGUUGGUCCAUCAAGUAGUACUUUUGAUCUAGAAAAGUCUUCUUCAAGUGGCAAAAAUAUUUUGGUAUCAAAUAACUCACCGAUUACCAGCUCAAGCUCUCCAGAUCAUGUGACUGAAACACUUCCCUCUGAAACAUUUGUUUUGCCACAAGCUAGCUUAACAGCUGGAUCGCUGGCACAGGUCAAUAGUGCUGAUCACUUGGGCUUUGCAGCUGUUGGAAGUUUUGGUGCCAUUUUAUUUUCUCUUCUUCUGUUUAUUUAG